AUGGACUCUUCAUCGGCUUCGUCGCCCUUCUCCACCAGGUCGACGUUAGAAUCCAGCCCGGAAGCCCAGGGUGCCAACGGGGGCCACGGGGGAAAGGCCUCAGGGAACGGGCUGGUGAGCAUGAUCAUGGGAGGCAUCAAUGGCUCAAUCCCUCAGCAUGCCCAGCAGCAGCAAUCGCCAUACAAUUACCAGCAAGAUAUCAAACCCUUUCAACAGCAAUACCAGAAUCACCAACAGCACCAGUCUUUUCCAGCCCAACAAGACGUGAAACCUUUUGCUCAGAACCCACCCAUCCAGGGGCAGGGGCAGAUCCCAGCUCCCAUGUCCUCUUCCCGCCUCUCAGAGCGUAUCAACGCGAUCAAGUCGCCCGCAGAGAGCACUAGUGGCAUGUCACAGAAUGCACCCACCCCCGCUGGGUCGUCGAAUCACGGUGGCUCACGAGCAGAGGCGCCAAAGAGAAAGCACGAGCUGGAGGGGACGAAUGUGGUGGCGCCUUCGCUAGAUGAAGUCUCUCAGGGAAGCAAUGGACUUAAUCAAAUACUUCUCCAAGGCGACCCACAAACCGCAGACAAGUCUCGAGUGGAGACUGCUAUCCGAAUCAUCAUCGAUCUCCUCCGUUUCGCCCCUCUCCACACUUCGCCCCCUCCGCCCAUCUCCCUCCAUCCAGUACUACCCCUGGGACCCAAUGGCGAGCCGCUGUACGCGUUUGAGCGGAUCGCAACGUUCCAUGGGUUGAGGCUGCAAGCGGGCACCACCACCAAAACCUCGUCCAAAAAGCAGCUCCAAGCGAUCGGGCACAUUCCGAAAGAAAAGCUCGCCUAUCUCGAGACGGCCGUCUACAUGAGUGGAGAAGGGGACGGGCAUGGAAAGCGGAUCUACGUCUGCAAGAGAUGUCGGAAUCGUGAAGCUAGACGGCGCGAGGCAAAAGAUCGAAAUCGCAAACGCGCCCAACCAGCUACCUCCGACUCGGACUCUUCCCCUCAUCCUCGGCUCCCUCGUCAAUCACUCGUUCCACCUUCGAUCGACUUUGUGACGUCGGAGAACCCCGAUGAUUACGAUCCGAAACGUGCAGGUCAGGUUGUGGAAGAGCCCUCAUGGGAUCCCGAUGUUCCUGAUUGGAGACAUGAUAUCGUCCUGUUCAACACACCGUCGGAGGUCAAGAUGGAGGAUGGGAGCUGCAAUUGGCUGCCGUUCAGGGUCGUCUGCUAUGGAAAGUGCCACGGGGAAAAAGUUGGGUUCAAGAUCAAAUUCACGAUGCGAACGCAUGAUGGAAGGAUUAUCGCGAGCGCGUUGACGAAACCCAUCCGCAUCACAGACGAUCACAAAACCGAUACCUCCAAACCGAAAGCGACCAAGCCACUGACGAACGCUGUCGAUGGGCCUGCCCAGGCCCCUGUCCCGCGGCGAAAGGCCCGACCUAGUGUUGCUGGCAGUACUGCCAGCGUGUCGGCGUCUGUCGCCAGGCAGCAGAGCCCCACGCCGAGUGAGAGCGAGAGUGUGCAAAGUUUCCAGAGUUUGAGCGAGGCGGGCGCAGUGAUGCAGAAACAGACGCCGAGCGCCAGGACGAAACCCUACGAAAGACCGCAGCCCCAGGUUCAAGCCCAGGGCCCGCAACAAGCACCCUCGCCGGUGAGCUAUAUCAACAACCAAAUGGCGGGCUUGCCCUCUGCCAACUUCCACACCACCCUGGGGCAGCUGACGCCUGGCAACCCUGAGGGUAUUCAGCACACCCAUCAGAUGCGUUCGUCGACCUCGCCUCAGCAGGCGUUGCCUACCGAUCUGGAUAUGUCGCAGUUCAUCAAUACCGUGUCACCGCAUCAGCUCCGAGGGCCUCAAUUCACUCAGCAGAUGCCAGGGAACAACUUUAAUGUCCAUCGGUCGAGUGCGUCAAGUGUGGCGAGCUCGACUGGGGCAAGUCCAAGGACCAACUUCCAGGGCUUGGGCGAAGACAUGUUGAGCAACAACAACAUGUUCAACCACAAUCUCUUUGACUCUAUGCGAAUGGGAGGCAACCAACAGCCAAACGGUGUGCCGGGGCAAGACGUGAACGGCCCCAUGCUCUACCCUGGUCACGAAACAGACCUCGCCAACCUCAUGUCUUCCAACUUUUCCCACCUCCUCUCCAGCACUGCCGUCGACUCUUCUCGCAAUUCUUCGAUAGCGGGCAGUAUCGACAAUGAUGGCGCGUCGUCUUCGGCGGCGUCUGCUUGGUCGGGCUGGGACGAUCGGUCGUCGGUGUUUAGUCAGUCUGGGCUGCCGCCUGGGUCGACGGUGGUUGACGACUUUGAAGGGCUGGGCGAUAUGGAAAAGUAUCUCGAUUACCCGACGGAGCAGCAAGGGAUGGGACAGAGUGGUGGGCUCGGAAGCCCGGCGCGAGGUGUCAACUUCCCUGGCUUGCCGUUCGACAACCUCCAAAGCCAAUAUCAGCACCAGCCCAGCCUCUUCCCGUCUCCUGCCGUUCAACCUCAGGCGCCGACACCCCCACAGCCUACCAUCACCGAUGUCAUUCCCGAGCAGGGCCCCAUGGCGGGCGGUCCGAUGAUUGCUGUCGGAGGCACAGAUUUCCAGCCGGGGAUGGUUGUCCUCUUUGGUCAGCGAGCUGCUGUGACAGUGUUCCAGAGCUCGGGGUUCAUGAAGUGCAAGCUUCCGCCGAGUCCGUAUGCCGAGGUUGUGGAUGUGACGAUACAGGGUGUUGGAUCGGGAACUGGAGCUCAGGAUCGAAAGACAAAGUUUGCCUACCAAGACAUGGAGAAGGACGCGAUGAAGCUUGUCCUUGCUAUUCAGAGCCAGUAUCAGGGUUCUUCUGCCAACACUACCCAACGUCUUCAUCAACUUCCAGGUCAGAACAAUGGCCAUUGGUCCUCCAACAGUGGUCCCUCCUCCUCGGCUUCGGCCCAGGGCCCGUCGCCUGGUGGCAACACCAUGAAUGAGGCUACCAAUGUCACCGCCGCCUUCUCUCCAGAUGCCGAAGAAGAAGACGAAAACACAGACUCGCAGACUUCUUCAAUGGACUCCAAGUCUACUGAUAGCAUGUCUUCGGAUUUGCAGUCGACACUCAUCACCUUCCUUGCGUCCAUCGACUCUCAUGCGCCUGGAUCUCUGCGAGCAAGCGGAGCUAUCAACUGCAGAAACGAAUACGAUCAGACCUUGCUCCACAUCGCUGUCGUUCUCGGAUUCUCCCGUCUCGUUCGACGCCUCAUCCUUGGCGGUGCCGAGAUCGACUCGCAGGAUGAUAACGGAUAUACGCCUCUGGCGUUUGCUGCUCUGUGUGGCAAGUGUACGUGUGCGAGGGUGUUGAUUGAGGCCGGUGCUUGUUACGAUCGAGCGACAAACUAUGGAGAGAUGCCGCUUGACUUGGCCAAGGUGGGAGAGCAUGGGAAGGUGGAGAGGCUUUUGCUUUCGGCUGUUUGGUCGACGGUGACAGACCCUGCCGUCCCUACUCCCGCUGCUGCCCCCCCGGUGAUGACGGGCAAGAAGCAGGCAAAGCAAGGAGAGUCGCCAAAAUCUGUGGCCACCAGCUUGGCAAGCUCUAUCGACGACGACAACCCUUCUUCAGGCUCAGAAGCAGAGGUCGAUCUCGCCGAGAUCACGCUUUCUGUGCCCAGCACUCGUCGAAAGUCCAAGUCUCGCAAGUCCACAUCCGACGGCAAGGGUAUAAAGAGUACCAAGAAGACGACAGCUGCCAAGCGCGGGGAUUCCAUGUCUGCGAUUGGUACUGACGGUGUGGAGGCGGAUCAGCCUCCUCCUUACGCGCCUCCCACCGACCAUUCCCGUGUCCAGCCUCCUGCUGAUGAUGAUCACCCAAGCGGAUGGAUCAAGACCCUCUCCAACCUCCCUCACCUCCCUCAUCUUCCUCAUAUCAACCAGAUUCCCAACGGUGUAUGGGAACACUUGCCUUCGCGUCCUUCAUUCUUGGGCUUUGACAAGACGCCUGCCGAGUCUUCUGAGAGCCAGAACGGGGGCUGGAUUGUUUUCCCUGCUCCUUCUUGGGACACCAUUCAGCGCAUGGCCAGUCCUGAUGAGGUCAAGCUCUUUACCCAAGCCAUGGCUGCCGCCGCUCUCAAUGCUGUAGUGCAGACUGGCGUUGCUACCCCGCCUUCAAAGAGCUCUCGCCGACGUGACGUGCAAAAGACUUUGUCUCCCCUUGGGCUGGACAGUGAUGGUGUGGAUGGCCAGGUGAAGCGUGGAAGUGGGAACGAAGACGGGGAGCCCUUGAAGAGCAGUAGUAGGGGCAGGAGAAGAAGGUAUUCGAAUGGAGCUUCGGGGAGUGGGACAGGCAGUGGUGGAACCAAGAUCGCAACAAGGAAGUCUGAGAAAAAGGAGAACGUGGUUAUCCAAGUCAAGAGCGAUCGAAUGCUCUACUUGUUCUGGCUUCCUAUCCUUUUGUUUGUCGGCUUCUGGCUCCUCGUCUCCGCCUUGCCUAUCGCCACCGGGUUCGGGCUCAUCUACGCUAGGAAGAUUACUCGGGCGAUCAAGCAGAGGAUGUGA